AGCUCCCAGAGUCUCCUGAUCGGACCCCAGCAGCCAGGACCCGGACCAGGACCCGGACCAGCAGCCAGAACCAGGACCAGGACCCGGACCAGGACCAGGACCAGGACCAGGACCAGGACCCAGCUCUCCGAAUCCGGACCAGGACCAGGACCAGGACCAGGACCAGAACCAGGACCAGGACCAGGACCCAGCUCUCCGGUCGGACCCCAGCUCCUUCUCAUCUGCUUCAGGACGAGGUGGGACGUCUGGAGCCUCUGGAGACGUCUGGACUUGAACUUGUUUUCAAAGGCGCGGUGCGUGCAGUGAGCAGCAGUGAGAGUGAUGGCUCCUCCACAGUGGACCACCUCCGUCCUGUUGGCUUCCCUGAUCCUUGUCCUCUGGUCCGCCUCUGCGUGGUCAGAUUCCUCCAUCAACCCAUCGGCUCUCACCAGGUUCAAGAGAGGUCAGAUUGCAGCUGCCACCAAAGCUAAAAUUGAAAAAUCCCUCGAUGCCAUGGUGAAAAUCCUGACUGUUUUCAAAGAAGUGAUGAGUAAGAUUGACUCAAACCAAGUGACCACUGUGAUGAAGGCCCUGGGGGACUUUGCUUCCCUGGCACCGGGCAUCGGCAGUGCGAUCUCUGCCGUCAUCAGUCUGGUCUUAAUGUUCAUACCAACUGAGGACAAAGUGAUGAAGGAGUUUGCUGAUGUCAACAGGAAGCUGGACUUCAUCUCCAUGCAGAUCUCCCAACUGAGGACUCACGUGAAGGUUUCCAGCUUCCUCAGUGCCUACUCUACAAACGAAGCAACCAUCAUCAAUGCCUGGAAGGAGCUCGAAAAACUCAAAAACAAGCCAUUGAAUGAUAAUACGCAAGGCGAGAUUAAAAAUUUUAUUCAAUACUACAAGGAAACAAAUGUGAGGGCGAAUGUUGACAACUUAUUUUUCUUCCUGACAGUGGAAGGCCUAUCCAUCAGUGAAAACAUCAACACUUUGUACAAAGAGAAGUUUAAAUGUCACGUUAACUACAUAGGUAUAUAUAGCUUAUAUUUAAAUGAUCUGAUGUUGAAGGGAAUGAUUCUGAAUCAGGCUUAUUUAAAACUGACUCAUCAAAGCUCACCUGGUGACCACACCGAACUGGUUAACAGGCUGAAGAAACUCUAUGAAAUUCAAAAAAAGAGAUUUCAUGAGUGCUUAGACUCCUACGAGAAACAGAUGGAGACGGAUGUGGUGGAGAUCGCUAAAAGCCGCAGUCCUGAUGAUAAAAUGGGCAUCGCUAAACAGGUGCAUGCUCAUCUUGUUGAUAAGUACGGCUGGUACAAUUGGCAGGUGUUGGUGUAUAACACCAAAGACGAUAAAAAACACCGGAUAUAUAACAUGAGAAAGAUUAUUGCCAACACUGUGACAGUAGCUGUGACCUACACCCUGAAGGUCAGUCCGGCUGAGGAGGAAAUUGUCAGACGAGCAAUUGAGGGAUUAUCGGCAAAAUGUGAUGUUAAGCAUGUUGAACGAAUGCAAGAUCAUGUAAUAACUCUCCCUUCUCCAGGAGUAGGUCGUUCUCAAAGAAUCGUCUCUUUGUCUGAAUAUGUCAAGAUAGGAGAUGUGAUACAUAGAAAUAAAGACGUUGCAGAAUUCCCAGAGCCCUUAAAUAUAAUUAAAUGUAAAAAUAGGUUCCACAAGAGUGUCGCUCUGCACUACUCCAAGAGGGUAGAGGUUUGCACACCGGACCCAUGUAAGAACGGCGGAGUGUGCAAGAGAAUGCUGGAGUCCAACGACUUCCUGUGUGAGUGUCAGGACAGUUCCUAUGGAAACGUAUGUGAGAAAAAAGUUGACACAAACAAGAUUACUGAGAUGCUCAGUGACAUUCCCUUCACCGUCCCUGUAAGAGACCACCAAAGAUGAUGGAUCGCCGGGGUGAAGGCAGGAGCGGCUAGCUGUAGUCACCUCGGCCAAUCAGAAUGCAGGAGUAUCUAAGCCCCGCCUUUAACCCUCCCCCUAAUUUCAAAAUUAAAUACCAUAAUAGUAAAACCUUUUGUCGUUAAUGUUAUAUACUGGCUGCAACACUGAAUAAACAGUUUAACAGUUAGUUUCUCCCUGGAGCGAGUCACAGAUGGAGGUGUCAUUUAUAAGCUCAUCAUGUCAACAUCAGGGACAGGUCACGUCACGUAUUAGUUUAAAUCCCUGUUUGUGAGCAAAAGACAAUAAAAACCUCUCUGUAUGUUUUGCAAAGAUGAAAAGUUUUACUUUAAAGGUUUGUGUUUCUCAUCAAAUGUUUGGAUGAUAAAGAACGAGGCUCUGAUAUGGUUCUGGUUGGAUUACGAGUGAAUCAG